AAACCCAGUUAUAGCUUUUCCCCUCAUCUUCUCCGCAGAUCAAACGCCAAAACCCUAGGCCGCUCCAUCUCCGACGCCGGCUACGACCCCCAACCCCUGCUGCUGUCCGCGUUAGCCGAGGGCGGAGGUAGCCAUGGACAGCGCCCUCGCAAGCGCCGCGGCGAUCGCCGACCAGCGCCAGAAGAUCGAGCAGUACCGCCACAUCCUCGCCUCCGUCAUCUCGUCUUCCCCGCCGGACAUCCCCCAGGCCAAGCGCUUCCUCAACCACAUGGUUUCGGAUGAGGUGCCGCUCGUGGUGUCGCGGCAGCUGCUGCAGACGUUCGCGCAGGAGCUGGGGAAGCUGGAGCCAGACUCUCAGAAGGAGGUCGCCCACUACGCGCUCACGCAGAUCCAGCCUCGUGUGGUCUCCUUCGAGGAGCAGGUAGUAGUGAUUAGAGAGAAGCUUGCAGAACUGUAUGAAUCUGAACAACAAUGGUCGAGUGCAGCACAAAUGCUUAGUGGCAUUGACUUGGACUCAGGAAUCAGGAUGCUUGAUGACACCAACAAAUUAUCCAAGUGCGUCCAGAUUGCGCGACUCUAUUUGGAGGAUGAUGAUGCAGUGAAUGCUGAAGCUUUUAUCAACAAAGCCUCUUUUUUGGUCACAAACAGCAACCAGGAAGUUCUGAACUUGCAAUACAAGGUCUGCUAUGCGAGAAUUUUAGAUCUAAAGCGUAAAUUCUUGGAAGCUGCACUUCGAUACUAUGGCAUCUCUCAGAUUGAGCAACGCCAAAUUGGGGAUGAAGAGAUUGAUGAAAAUGCUCUGGAGCAAGCUCUUAGUGCUGCUGUAACAUGCACAAUAUUGGCUGGUGCUGGCCCACAACGGUCCCGUGUUCUUGCUACAUUGUACAAGGAUGAAAGAUGCUUGAAGCUCAAGAUAUACCCAAUACUGCAGAAGGUUUUUCUUGAAAGGAUUUUGAGGAAACCAGAAAUUGAUGCAUUUGCAGAGGAGCUGAAGCCGCAUCAAAAAGCCCUUCUGCCAGACAAGUCUACUGUGCUUGACCGGGCAAUGAUUGAGCAUAAUCUCCUUAGUGCCAGUAAACUUUACACCAAUAUCAGCUUUGAGGAGCUUGGAACAUUGUUGGGCAUUGACCCUAGAAAGGCUGAGAAGAUAGCAUGUCGAAUGAUUUGUGAAGAUAGAAUGCGGGGUUCAAUUGAUCAGGUUGAAGCUGUGAUACACUUUGAGGAUGACACCGAAGGGCUGCAGCAGUGGGACCAACAGAUUGCUGGAUUGUGCCAAGCGCUGAACGACAUCCUUGACAGCAUGUCGAGCAAGGGGAUCGCUAUACCUGUCUGAGGGAGUCUGUUCACCCAGUUGUUUCGAUGGUAUCUGUGGUUUAACUCGGGUCAAGUCGCUGGAUUAACAUUUUUGUACAGAUGUUUUGCCGUUGACUGAUACUUGGAACCGAUUCUGCUAUGCGAUCAUCUCAUGUGAAAUUUGCGUGGGAAA